AUGUCGGACGGUUUUGGGUGGCGAAAAGAACGAAUUCCGAUCGAGCGACAGCCUCUCGGCGCAUUUGCAUGAGUCAUGUUUCCUUGUGCACACGUCGCUUUCCAGCCCUACAGGCAUCAUCAUUUCUCUCACCAUUGGGACUUGACGAGCUUCCACGUCUUUGGAGAACACCUCCAAGGUAUCACUCAAGUGUUUUCUACCCUCUGAGAAAACUCUCUUGCGGUCCCUUGAAAAAGCUUUCUCAAAAACUGGUUUUAAUUACAGUAACUAUAUUAAAACAUCAACGGGUGAGAUAGACUUUGGAAGAAAUCUAAGUAUUUCACACAACCGAACGACCUGAAAAAAGGUCAUGAUAAGGAAAUUGUCACUUUCGCAUUGAAUACUGUAUUUGGGCAGUUUUCCGUUUUGAUUGGACUCCUGUCACUUCUUGCUAUUAUUUUGAUGGCUGUAUUGCUGAGAAUAGAACAAUCAUAGCGCGAGUCUUUUUUAAUUGGAAAAUUAUCGGGAUCCACCUACCAAUCGUCAUAGUUAGAUGUAUCAUCGGCCUUUCGGAGGACAUGAAGAAACAUCUUUUCGAUUCAACUUUUGCAAUAAUUUUUCAUGUGAAACGAUUUUUUUCUAUUUCAGCUUCAAACUUUACACUCAUCAAAAUCGAAUUGAUCAAAAAGUAACCGAUAUCUGCUGCCUCCUGUAUUUCUCUCUUUUCUGAUGCCUACUUAACAAGGAAUUUGCUUUUCUAUGAUUAAUGAUUUUCGAAAUAAAAAGACCUUUCACCUGAAAGUUUUGAUUAAACUCCCCAUUAUCAAAGUGUCAGAAGUGAGUCACUCAGUUCGCCCUAUUUCGGCAGGUUUUUCUUUCUUUUUUUUGUUCAUUUUUUGUUUAUUUUCACGUAUUUUUUGAUUUUUUUUUUUAAAUUUCAGAAUUUGAAAGUUUCUGGCUCUUAUUCAAAUUCAAAUCGUUUCAUUAAAUGAAGAAAUUGAGGUACAAAUUUUUGUAACUUUUUUUUGUUGCGAAAAUCGAGCUUUAAUAUUUCGAUAAAUAUUAUUUCAAGACCAAAUUAUCAAUAAAUUCAACUUAAUUUAUAAUUUUUCAUUUUUUUAUUUUUUUAGAAUUUUUUUGAGAAAUAUGUUUUUUUCCAAAUUCAUUUCAUAAAGGAAUGAAUCAUUCAGAUCCAAGGGCCUAAAAAGAAUCCACCAAAGGCCUUGGACUCUUUACUUCACCGGAAAUCGAUACCGAAAAGCAAUUGCCCCUUCAACCGUCUCUCCUCGGCACAAUUAUGCGCGGCCUUCGAGUAAUGUCGUCAUGAAGAGAGUUUUUAGUCUCAACGACUCCUGAAACUCAAGACCAAGGACGUUUCUUUCUCUAGCAGCUUAAGAACUCUUAGGAACUCCUAUUGAUGAACAAAACCAGAAGAUAACGUGCUGAAGAAGCUUUAAAGAAAGUUUAACCAAGAACCAAAUUCAUAAAAGAAUAACUUUCCCUCAUCUAAAAUCAUUUUUGUUUAGGGCAUGAAAAUAUUCUUGAGAAACAGAUGGGAAAGCUCCCAAAUAUACUGGGAGAAAGUCGAGAAAAGCAAUUUAUAAAUCGUCCUACAGCCCGAGAAAAUAAAGCUUGAUAGCUAUAUUUCUUGGAUCUUCAAACGAUAUGAAGAGUUCUAGGCUUAUUAUUUGAGAAUCUUAAGUUUCAAGUUAUAUCACCCCUAAUGAAGUUUCCUAAAAAAAAUUCUUUGAAAUUAGAUAUAUCAUUGGAUUGCUACUGUUUCAACUGCAAAUUACUGUGCUGCAUUUUCAGACUUCUCAAUGAUCCAAGCUACUCAAUGUUUUAGUCCUAAUAAUAAUUCAAACGUGGACCUACGACCACAGACCUAACCGAUCAAUCAAUAGUAUGAAUCUGCUGUAAAUGUUUGCGUGCGCCUUGUUUUUAAAUCUCGAGCUGAAGGCAAAAAGCGAUGGAAACAGAAAAAUGAACGGACGCAAGGGCUCCGGCGUGUUGUAAUUUCUCUGUGGCGUCUCGGUUCCUGCCUGGAGGCGCUUCCUCCGUCUCACGGGCAUCUGAUUCUGCGCUGUCUGUUUUAUAGGUAGUCCGAGUCACAGGCUCGACCUCCAACAGCUCAAUAUACGACAUCCCUGAACUUUAUUGGCCCUUCACGUCUCGUUCCAAUUAAUCUUAAUCUUUUAACGUUUCACGCUUCUUAACUGUUUCAACGUUCAUUUUGUCAUUUUCCCGAUUUCAGAGGUACUGCCGACGCCAAACUCAGUCGCGAUCUUUGUCGACGCCCGUCAUGUACGCCGGAAACCCCAUUCUUGACGUUUGUAGUUCUAUAUUCCCGGUGUUGCGCAAGAAGAAAAUUAUUUCGUUAUCACUUUGUAACCUCGAGGAAUAGGUCCUUAACUAGUUUCAAUCGAUCAAAUCAUUUAUUUUGUUGUUUUAGUCAGAUAUAAUCGACAAGAACUUUUAAAGCUAUAACAAACAACCGCCUUUGGCGAACUAGAAGUCCUAGCGUGUAGUCGAAAGAGUGGAAAGCAUGGUCUUACUUUUCUCGCCUCGAUCUUCUGCGCGUAGUCCGUUCAGUCGUAAACAAAAACUUCCUGGCUCCUAAAAUGACGGCUCAAUAUUGAUCUUUUUCACAUUUUUCAGUUGAAUUUUCCAAAAAUUUAGUUUAUUACUGGAUCUCGUUGCUUCACUAUAGGUUUCUUUCAUUUGUUUCAUUGUGCUUUCAUUUUCGAAAAAUAGUAGGUGGUUUUUUUAGGUAAAGUUAACAAAUAAUGGAAAGUUUUAAAUGACACAAAAUGUUGCUUUCUUUCUUCAUGUGGAACCUAUUUAGAUAUCGGAUUUCUCAUUUGGAAUCAUUUCUUAUUUACAGGAGAUCAAGAAGGGGUUUAAGCUGCGGCCGACAAAAACUGUCGACAAAUCCAAGCCAAUCAUAUAUGCUGAAGGUGAAGAUGAAUCCGAAGUUGCACCGACUAAGCGGCCGCCUCCGUCUGGCAUCGCUCCGCCAGGAACAUCGACAGUUCCUAAGCCAGUCGUUCCCAAUGGCUUCAUACCACCUCCGAUUCCGUCAGGAGCUGGCGGAAUCCCUCCUUGUCCUCUUCCAGCUGGAGGAAUACCACCGCCUCCGCCAAUGAUGCCUGGUCGAAUUCCUCCGCCGCCACCACCAAUGCUGAUCGGAGCCCCACCACCGCCGCCAGCAAUGGGAGCUCCACCUCCGCCGCAAAUUCAAAGAGCUAAAAGUCCACUGAAUCCAGCGCUGGCUAAGCUCGGCGGCAAGAAUCCGCACACAGUUGACCAUGGGGCACUGCUCAAGGGAAUCCAAGGCGGUUUCGCUCUCCGCAAAACCAUCACCAACGACAAGUCCGGCCUGGUCGUCGACGAUGAAAUGCGCGAGAAGAGUGUGACGCUAGUCGAGCGGGCACCUUGCGAACUCAUUCCACAGACGCCGGAGCGCAGUCGAAGCCCCGUUCCCCAACGACCGCAUUCUUCUCUCGGCUUUUCAUCUGACGACAGCAGGUUUGCCUUUUUGAAUAGUGUAAGACACAGAAAGAGGCUUUUAAUCGACGCCUUGAGCCGACUGGAACCAAAAUACGUUCAUCGAACUUCAAAUGACAGUUAUUGUAGGAAAGUACCGGCUAUUCGAGGAUUCCUCUCUUUUGCGGAAAAAAAACAAAUUGUAUUCGCUUCAACAAAAGGGGGAACUGAGCGCAAGAUAAUGAAUACUUGAAUGGAGAUUUUUAUUUCUCCUGAAAAGUUAUUCAUAAAUUUUCAAAGAAAAAAAAAAGCUUGAGUCCGAAUUCCAUACGAUGAGAAAUUAUUUUUCAAAAUUGUUGAAUAGAUCGAACGCACUUAGUCAGAACUUGAUGGAAUGUUGACCGUUUGUGGAAUUUUAGGCUGAAUCUUUCAAAGAUUCAAAGAAAAUAUCAAGGAUUUCAAGAAAACAAUUUCCAGGUUUAAAUCAACCUACAUUCCACCGGUUAAACGAGACGAUUCGCCCGAGCAACUUCUCGGACAACGUCGUCCGAUAGUGAUGCGCCGCAAAGGAGAGCCGCCUCCGCCGCCCCCAGAAUGCGGUUUCGAUUCGCAGUCUCUGAAAGUCACCGCCGACGACAUCAACAAGGAGAUCAAGAAGGGGAGCGUCGCGUCGAAGAUGGCUGCUCUCAUGGGCAACAUGGGUUUCUCUCAAGGUCCUCUAUUUUUUUUUCUUUAUUCUUUCUUCGGCGUUUAAGUGAUGUUCAAUUUUUGGUCUAACAGUUAAUGUCCUCACUUUUCUCUUGAUGCAAGUAUAAUCCGCAAAAGUCCGAUCUGAAACAUAAAUUUAACGAGAGUGUCUAAUCAAGCUGAAAUUUGAGAAAACGAGCAGGCAGUUCACUCGUUAUAUUCAAGUAUCGCUCUAUUUGAACUUCUAUUUCCAUAAUUAUCAGUGAGAGUUGAACGGCAGCUUGAGUCUAAAUAUCUUAUUCAAACGACUUUUCGAAAUUCAACGUCAUUGGACACUUUUUUGGAACAAAUUUAUUACAAAAACACAUGUUUGUUCAUAGAAUUUUGCGCACUACUGUUUGUUUUUAAUUGAUUCGAUUUUUUUCAAUAAAAUUUGAUUAGAUUUUUCAAAAGAUUUGAAAAAGUCUGAAAAAGAAUUUUUACCAACCAAAAAAACAACAAUGAGAUUCGUUAUUGAUGUCUUUAUUGGAAAUUGAGCUCAUAUUUGAAAUCUCAGAUCAAAUACCUCAAGGCGGCACGAUACCGAGAGCAACCUUCCGGCCAAGUCCAGUUCGCAGUAGCUUCCUUUCUGAGGUAAAGCUUGAUUUCCUUAACUUGAAAAACACCAUGAUUUUUUUCAGGUGAACAACAACAACAAACAGGACGAAAAACCGAAGCCGGUUUCAAAAUGGGCUCCUGUCGACACGAGCCACGGGUUGAGAACGGCCAGUCGAGGUGCAUUGAAUAGUUGAUUAAUCAAAAAAAUCAAGAUUUCAAAGAGUAUUCACCUAUUCAUCCAGUUAGAACUAUUUUCAUAUAGUUUCUUUUGCGAAAAAGGGUAUUUUUCCAUUUAAGAUAAGUUAAAAUAAAGUUUUUUUAAAUUUUUCUUUUUGCUUUUUACGCGUGAUUACUACUACAGAUAUCUAUAGAUCUUUUGAUUUGGCCCUUUUUUUUCAAUAUUCGUAUUGUAGUUCAGGCUCAUAAGCGUAAAACGGCGUUCGAAGUCUUAAAAGCUGAAAAAAAGCCUAGCCGAAAACAUAGAUAUAAAUAAUCUGUGGAAAUAAAAAACUAGAAAUGUUUCGAAUGAAUCAAGAAAAAGAUUACAGCAAACGUUCCGGUGGUGAAGGACGACCGGGCUAUCUCAGUGACGCGCGACCGAAGUUCAUCCUGGCUGGAUCAGCCCCGACCGAGCCUAGACCGUGCCCGAACCCAAAGUCCCACUCCGUUCUCGGCUCGACAGCCGUCUUCCGACUCUGACUUCGACAUGGAACUCGAUCCCGAAGAAGAGUAUGAAGACGAGGAAGAAGUCGAGGUCGUCGUCGUCGCCCCGAAAGUCGUCGAGAAGCCUCCGCCGCCCAAGCCGGCCCCUGCUCCCACCCCUUCGUUCGCUUCAACGUUCUCGUCACGGAGAGGCAAUAAAGUUCCAGAUCCCAUCACCGUAAAGUCAGUUCUGAAUUCAUAGAGGUUUAAGAAAGGUUCGAUGUCUCGUUUUCCGAAAUUUCGAAAUUGAAAGUUUUCCGAAAUUCUUCUCGGACAAACUCCUGAUAGCUCUCCCGAAGUAUUGGUCGUUGAAAAAAGAGAACUCAAAGAGUAUAAUAUUUUUUUACAACGCCGAAACUUUGAUAAGAUUGUUUUCGACCAUUCUUUUCAAUUUUUUGCAAACUUUUUGUCUUUUUUUCUAAAUGAAUGUAGUUUUCUGAUUUUUUUUUUUUUGUAUUUUCCGAUUACUCAUUAAACUAUACUGAAAAAAGGUAUUAAAUUGUUUUCCUCCCGGGGUUCUAUAGAUCUAAUACCAGUUUCAAAAUUUUCAGGACAGACUUUUCGUCACCGGCUCAAAAACCAUCCAAACCGACGCCGGUCAUCCAGGAAACUCCGCCGACUCCGGCUGGAAAGAAAACUUACUCAUACUCGAACACUAGGAGUACCGCCACCACUUCCAACAACGUUAGGUACAUCUUUCAUUUAAUUUUUUCUUUCGACAUCUGAUUCUCUUUUUCAGGCCGUCAACUCCCGAAACGAUGCCGUCUCCGAUUUCUACACAGUCUUCGGCUCCUUCUCCGUCUUCGUUGUCCGCCGGCAGCGCUUCGCCGGAGUCGGUCCCCAAAAAGAAGACCUUUGCGAAUCCUGCCUUUGAAAAGGUACUUCUGUUCUGGGGAGUUCGAGAAUUUAGGAAUUGAAGUCCGGUUAGAGGAAUGGUCUACUAUUUUUUUGAACAUGACUUUGUCUUCAGAAGAACUGACUCAUCGUCAAAAUUCGUUCCAGUUUAAUUAUUCGAAAAAAUGCUCAAGGAAUGCCUUCUCAAUUCAUAUUUGGUGAAUUUCUAAAUUUGAAGGUUACAAGGUAACUAUUAUAAUGGGAACUUUAAAAAAAAAUCGCAAUCUUCAAAACUUCUAAAUUCCGAUGAAGGGAUUAUUCAAAUUUAUUUUUCCUUCCAUUCUCUUUACGUUCUCUUUACGGAACUAGGGAUUCUACCGGUUGAACUUUUUGAGAAACGUUGCUUUUCUAAUUAGAAUUUUUCUAUUUUGCUCACCAGGAAACGUUUUUUACCAACCGGUGGGUAAAAAACGUACCCUAGUUAGUGAUAAGGCAAGGCAAAAUGUUACAGACGAAGGAGAAGUGGGGUGCAGCGGUCGUGGCCGAGGACUCAUCGGCAAACGUAACGCGACCCUACUUGCUCAAAGAAUCGACGACACCGGAACGGUCGACGGCCAACGAAGUCAAGGCAAGAAAAGCGUCUGUCGCUACAGACAACGCAACGACGCCGAAGACGACGGCAGCGGAGGCGAAAGGCGCCGCUGCCGUCGCCAAAGCCAAAAGUGGCAAAGGAGCUUCUCAGCCCAAGAAGCACUCACCCUCACCGCCCACUAACAGUUCCACGGCUUCACACACAAGCACAGUCGCUGCUGCUCCGGUCGCAACUCUCAAGAAAACGCCUCGAGCUGCCGCGGCGACCACGACUCAGAAAAAGUCUGAACUCGCCGGCGGAUCGAUCCGCGAUCGCGCCAACAAGUUUCGCGAGUCUCUGAAGGCCGACGAAGAGAAGGGUCGCAAGUCGCCAGCUCCGCAGGUUAACAACACUGCUUUGCACUGUCUUAUGUUCUUAAAACUAAGUCUCUCAUGUAUGGUAUUACGCAAAAAAUUAGUUGUGGCGAAAAUAUCGAUGGAAACUUUCGAGCUGUCUUUUUACAAAAGCUUUUGAGCUAAUUUUGAACAAAUGAAUUCAGAAAUGAACAAAGAGAGAUGGCUUCAAAAGUGUUUCCCUGUAAGGUAUUUUUAAUUUUUUUUUUUUUCAAUUUGUGUGAUACUUUUUUUUAAAGUUUAUCGCUGCUUUAAGUUUCCACUAACAGUUUUAAUACUUUUUUCCUCGAACAUAACUUUAAUUCUGUUAUUUAUUAACAACACGUUAUUAGUGUGUUUUACUAAUUGGUGGAAUCGUUCGAGUUGAAAUUUAUGCUUUUUCUUAUCAACUUAUGAGGUUCAAGCUUCAACGAGUUGAAAAAGACUUGAGAAUUUUUCACAGCUAUUUUCUCUACUAUCACAUAUGCUGGCUUCUGGAAGAGAGCUAUUUUCGUUAUGAAACACUGAAAAAUUGUUUUCAAGUCAAAUAUAUCAUAACAUAUAGUCUGUGUACCACGACUUGGAAUUUCAUCGAACGACAUUCCGCUGUUCCGCUGCAUGCUCGGCCGCUUUUAAUUUUCAACUUUACUUAAGAACUCGACCAACACGUGUUCCUAGUGAAAAAUUCCAUCUAUCAGAAAUGAGAACCAAUUCAAAGCGAUACCGAGGCUCGCAAAGACGCUUCGCGACACAGCGGAACAGCGGAAUGUCGUUCGGUGAAAUUCCAAGUCUUGGCACACAGACUAUAACUAAUGGGAAAAAUUUCAGUUUUUUUUUUAUUCAAGUCAUCUAUCUCCUAUGUCUAGAAAGGACUCCAGUUCUCUACUAUCUAUUCUGACUGCUGAUCAAUUUUUCUUUUCAAUUGAAAACCUAAAAUUACUCCAAAAAGUCAAUAUAUCGCCGUUUUACAAAAAACUGUCAAAAACAGAAACAAGAACACAAAUAGCCUCGUUUCUGUGUGGGUUGAGCAUGGUUUGAUGUUUUCAGCCGUCACGUGUGGUGAACGUGCCGAUCUCGGCGCCAUGGCACCGCCGACAGUCGGUGACGUCGCCUUCCUCCGGUGACUACUUCAGUGACUGCUCGCCGGUAGGAGCGCCGUUGCGCCGCAGCUUCGCCGCCGACGGCAGGUCGUCUUCCGUGACUUCUCCUCUGACAACCACGUCUCAUUUUGAUUUGCCUUAUCGGGUGAGCAUGGGUUUUUCGUGAAUGUUUGCUCAAACGCACGCAUCAAAGAUCAAAGUCGCUGAAUUCAAACUGCGUUCAAAUUACAAUUUUUGAAGAUUUUCUGUUGAAAACUUAUGAUCGUAAGGUAGGAAUGAAAUUUCAAAAUUUCAAUGUUUUGUUGAAAUGGUUUCUAAAUGUAUGAAUUUGGGCAUUAUCGGCAUUUCCUGCGCCAAAAAUCAGGUUUCAGUGAUACUAGGAGUAUUUGUUUCCUUAUAAUCUGUAGAAAUAGUCAUGUCAUUGCUGACUCGUAAAUGACAGCUGUUUGCUCAAAUGUUAACUAUAAGAAACAGAUACUUUUUUUUCGUUUAAAUUAGAAAUAUCAAAAAGAGAAGAUAUUGAACAGACCGCAGCAUCCAAAAAAUCGAUUUCACUAUUUUUGACCAUUUUAAUUUUACACUGGUAAAUCGGGAGGUUGUACAAGUAGGUACCUUCAAUCGGCGUAUAGUAAUCGGUGGUCGUUUAUAUGCGGCCGGGUACAACCUCUAUGGCACCUAGAUAAUACUGGAGAGCUAUCGCGGGUUUGAUUUCUGACGAGCGUAUGCAUACCGGUACCAUGAAAGUAGCUAAUCGAGAGCUACCUCACAAGCGGUCGCUACCCGGUAUCUACUUGCAUCGACCUCCCGAUUCACCUUUGUAUUUUUUUCAUUUUUUGUAUUUUAUACAAAAUUUCCAUUCUAUCGAAUUUCAGUUUAAUUUUUUUAUUUUGCUUCCUCGAGUUUAGGCGAACUCAAAAGAAAUUUGCUUGGCAGACAGGAAAAGUCAGUAGGUAGACGGGAAUUGAUUUCGCCGUGCCGCCCUGGUUCUUUGUGUCUUACUCGCUGCGUAAGCGCAUCCUAGCAACAAAUCCUGGGAGACUGCGAAAGUGCAGUGGAAACGUUUUUCUUCUAGAUUUCCCAUCGAAAGAAGAAAGAGUGAUAUAGUUGGUGAUGGGCUUUCACUCCUUGACCCAAGUUCAAAAUACAGUUUAUUAUUUUUUUAACAGGAAAAUAAACGAUUUUGAACAGCUGAGAAAUUAGAAGAAAUUGGAGCAGUGCAAUCCAAUCCGUCGAAUGAAAUUGACGCCUAGCAGAGGCAGCUGCGCGAGAAAAAAAAAGCGCGUCGAUUUUUCCGAAGUAUAAAUUUGCUCAACGAUCGAAAAAGGAUUGAGGAAAAAGGACUUUGUUUGCAACGAUUAUAAUGAAAUUUUUCUCACAAAAGACUGAAGGCGAUGUUUUGAAUGCAUGUUAAAAGAUAAUUUUUGCGUGUUUUUGAAUUCAUAAUCAUUUUGUGAGUGAUGUCAGUAAAGUGAGCGUGAAAACCGAUGUUUCACAGCAUGACUCCUUGAACGCCUGAGCCAAUUUUCCCAGAUCCAUAAUUUGAAAAUGAAAGCACAGUUCAUUGCAGCGGCCCACUCAAAAAUCAAAAAUGAACGAUUCCUCGACCUAGUUCGGGAGAAAAAAUUCAAAGAGAAUGGGGAUACAUCGUUAGAAAUGAAAAAUGAGAAAACUCAACUCAUCAUACGUAUGUGCUAAGAAACCGCAGUGGGAGUCUGUGAAAAUUUCUGACUAGGGUAUGGUCUCCCCUGCUUAUCGAGUUGAGAAUUGAGACUAUAUGGGUUUGAUAGGCCUGGGUAAGAGUUCAAAAAUAAAAUUCUGCUAAACCCCAUAGGCGACCGAGGGAAAGCUUUUUGAUCGUUUCAAGACCCUUUUCUCGAAAGUUCAAGCCGGUCGUGAAUCGCUAUGAUUUCAAAAGUCCCGCUGCGACCAGAGUGCUUAACCUGAUAAGAUACUCGAAGAAUUGGCUCAAGCGUUUCAUGAAUGAACUAUCUUUUUGAGACGACUCCAUAUUUGACGAAAGAAUGAGCUUGGCUUCAGGGGGACAACUACUCGAUUCACCCCUCGCAGUUGCGUGACGCCUACCGCUUCGACAUCAACUUGGCACGGGAUGUGCCGAUCUCAAUCAGUCGGCGAUAA